AUGCCUCCGAUCGAGCAGAGCGUGACGGAGAUUCGCGAAGCGGGUACGCAACUGCGAGCCAUGACUUCCCCAGCGCGCACAGCGGAGGAACAGCCCAACGACGGCCUGUUCACUUCGACCGAGGAAGGAGACCAAGGGAGCCGAGCAGCGCGCGACGGCAACGGGAGGCAGCGCUGGGCCGAUCUGGGCAGGCCGGCCGACAUAGGACCUAUGAACCAAGAGAGAUCUGCCAUACUGCUGGAGGGGUUUCGCAUGUUGCUGCGCCGGGCGAACAACUGGCAAGAGAACGUCGAGAUCGUCCGGUCCACCUCCAUGUACCUGGCGACACUGAUGGAGGUCUCUAUCAACGCCGGAAAGAAGCAGGCUAUCUCGGACAGCGCAGAUGGGAACGACAGUGCACGAUAUCGGCUAGGGUGUGAAAGAAAACAUAGGCAACUCGAAGAUUGCGCAUCCGGCUUGUGCUGCAGCGCGCGCAUGAACUGGCCCACAUUUGAAAUGAGCUACUGCGCGGGAGAGCACGCGCGUGCUGUCCCGCACCUCUGGCGCCUGCGCGCGAGAGCACCCGCGUGCUGUCCCGCAUCUUUGACGCCUGCGCGCGAGAGCACACCGACACCUCACCGGAUGGACAAACCAGGACGCAAACAGGGUGGGAGCGGCCCCCCACGCCCACGACCGGCGAACGCGACGGCGAAGAAAGCACAAGGGGCCCCAGCAGCUGGUAAUGGGAGCGCACCGCCGGUGCCGAGCGCCAGCGGGAUCGGCGACGCUGAUCUCCCUCCACCGGGAGAAUCGCAUUCCGAGCAAGGCAAGGAGCCGAUCCGAAAAGCAGGAGACUCCAACGGUGGCGUAACGCCAGGCCAGGCGCGUCGCUCCGCUGAUCCCGGAACCGAGAAGGACACGCCCGCUGGUACCGCGGCCACGCGCAAGAAACUGCCAGCGGCCGAGACGGGUGCGAAGGCCCCCGCGCGCGCAUCGAACUCCAAGGCCAAGGACGCGCUCGCCGCGUUGGAUAGCGGCAGCAGCGACAGUGAGGAUGAGAUGGACGCGCCACCCCCGAAGAGGGGGAAUGGGAAAGGGAAAGGGAAGGCAAACGAGACGGCGGCCUCGGACGCAGUGGCCCCUAAGGCGAGCACGCGCAGGAAGCGCGCCGCGCGCAAGAAGACCUCCGACGGGGAAGAGGCGGAAGCCAAGCCGGCGCCGCAAGUGAAGCCCAGUGACCUCAAGUUCCGUCUCAAGGGUACGGAGAUAGGCGAAGCGGAGAAGACGAAGAUGACGAAGGAGGACGCGGCGGUGGCGGCGGAGGCGUUUCUCGGAUUCGCCUACGGGUCAUUUUCGGACGACCAGGGCUUCCUGUGGGAAUUCGGCAAGGGCAACCCGCGCGGAAUCAAGGACAGCUCCCUCAAGGAUCUGAAGCAGUCCUUCAUCGACUACGGGAUCACGCCUUGGAGGGACCCUUGCAGGAUCCUCGUGAAGCAGAACUACAUCGAACCCGGGUGCCUGACGAAAGAGGUCAUCCAGACCGACGACGGACCGACCGUCAAAUGGACCAACGAGGUCGAGGGCGAAUGGUUGGUCAUCCUCGGCGGUCAACAUCGCAAGAGGGUUCUCGAGGACCGCGAGAAGGAACUGAAGUUGGACGUCCGCCGCAUGGAACAGACGAUCAACAAGCUGUACAACGCGAAGCGCAACGAGCAGGAGAAGGCCGCUUCACUGGAGCGUUUGCGCCACGUCCGCGACAACGUCAGGUCGGUCAUGGGCGACCCCCUCCGCUGGUUGUUCGCUUUCUACGAUCACGACAAACUGAUUGGCAAUCAACGCGUCCUCGUCCAUCUCUCGGAGAACGAGAAGGUGAAGGUGUACCAGCAGAGCGCGGAGGAGACUUUGUACAAGCAUCACUUCCACAUUUUGGACACCCUCGCGACGCGCAAGUUGACCGAGCACCAGGACAUCACGUUGGGCAGCGACGAAUAUCGUGAGACCGUCCUGAAGCCCAUCAUCGGCGAAAAGGAGAUGAAGAGGGGCAGCGCUAGGCUGUUGAUGGAGCCGUACACCUUCCACUUCCUCACCAACAUCUUCCGCCUCACCUACGUGCGCAACGGCUCGACCAUCAAGGCGAAUGUGCUGCACGAACGACUGCUGUGGACGCAACCGAAGAACUUCGCGAAGGUCUCCAAGGCGCGCCUCCACGACACCGUCGGCGGAAUGUGGGCCCACCUCUUCAUGCUUCUGGCCGACGAGAUGAUGUUCAUCGCGAACUCGGCGCGCUGGGGUCUCCUGAUGCCAGGCAGAUCGAAGUCGGCCUGGACGGAGAACGACAUGGAGAACGACCCGAAGUUCAUGAACGACAUGGAGAACCUGCGAAUGUACGCGCAGGUGAAACGCGACCCAGGGGCACCCGCCGAUACGGUGAAGAAGGCGGAAAACCUAAUGGAGAUCACCGUUGAGGGUCUCCUGCGCGGCGAGCUGAGGACCGAAGAGCGCGAGAUCUGGCACCCGACGCUCAUGGCGUCCAUCGACGAACUGUACGUGAAGCAUGUGCGCCCCGUCAAGGAGUAUUUCGGAUGUGGCAGGUCCGACGAGUGGACGAACGCCAUGGACAAGUACAGGAAAGCCAUGCUGAGGCAAUGCGAUGCGUGGUGGAGCGAGCCCCCCCACACUAACACGACACCGACGACCGUACAAGCCCAGCGAUCCGCCCUCGGCAAGCUGCAGUGGACGCUCUUCAAACGCGACAUAGGCCAGGCCAUCGACCUUCCUUGGCCCACGGCCUCGAUGCUGGAGGACAUGUACACCGUCCUCCACGGCGCGUCCUUCGCAAUCCAAUGGCUAAGCCGUCAGCUCGAUCCGAUGGUGGACCGAGCUAUUCAAGGAGACCCCAUCGAUAUAUGGGACCAUACGUCACACAUGCGCGAGUAUAUGAUGGACCCCAUUCUCAUGCGCAACCGUACCAAUCUCCCUAACGAAUUCUGGAAAUGGAUCUUGGACCGUCUCCCCGCGCUCACGAUCGCCGACGCUGAGCUGGACAAGUUCAACAAGGUGUCGACGACCCGCUUCUUCAACAUGUCGCACCACAACCACAGUGUGGCGUUCGCCUCCAUGCUUGACAUGGAUGAGUGGGAGAAGUUUGCGGCCCCGUGGAUCGACGUCAUUGGCGAGGGCGGUUGGCAGACGUCGUAUGCCGCCGAGAUAGAAGCGAUUGGGAGCUCCUUGAACGUCAACGUCCCUAAGCCGCCCGCGACCGUCACCUUGCCGAAGAAGUCCGUCUCGCGUCCGCCCAGGGCUAUGGUUCACUCCUUUGGUCCGAACGUCAUAGAGAGGUAUGAAUGUGUGCACCUCCUCACCGUCCCUCUCGUCGAGUGGCGAUACGUGGAUCAGAAGGCCCGGCCGCGCGCCAUGAAAGCGAUCGCGUUCUACAUCUUCGUCGCUCACAAGUGGUACGAGCGCGUGAUGAAGCACAUGCUCUCCAUUGAGCUUGGACGCACGCUCCGCGAAGAGUUCAUGGAGUUCCUCGACGAGCAUUGGAAGGUGCCUCGUCGUGCUGCCUCUUCUGCUCAAGACAAGGACAAGACGGACACCCCACCCGGCGCGGGCCCCUCGCAAGGGAUUACCACCGUCACCGAGGCCCUCACCACACGCCGUCAGUGGGACAAGGCGAUCGUCGAUCGUAUCCUCUCGAAGGAGUCCGCGCCCACAAAGUCUCGCUCAGAGCGGAUUGCGCUGCGAGAUCUUGCGGAGAGGCGUGAACGCUGGCAUGGGUACGCGACGGUCCUCAAGCAGGUCACCAAGGCGAUUGCGAAAUCUCCCAUGGCGCACUACUUGCCGUCGGAGAAGGACAUAAUGGAAGGCCAGGUUGGCGAAGCCCUCGAGAACCUGUUCUCGGCACUCAUCAACAACGCGAACCGCGCUGAGUUCCGCAGGGUGCACCCCACGGCACCUUACGUCCUGCCCAUGAGGACGCUCGAGCUUAUCGACAGCCCCCCCAUUCCGACUCUCAUCGACGCCAACUUCUAUUCCUCCAUGAGCGAGUUCAAGCGACGCGACCCGGACGGUUACGGCGACUUCAUCGCUCGGCGCGACCUGCUGCAUGCCUCGUUGACGAAGGACAAGGCCACGGAUCCCUCCGUCGUGGUCCCGGAUAUCGAUGAUAUCCUCCCUCAAGUCGUUUCCCUCGCGCCUCCGGAAAAGACCGUCAAGCCUCCGGCCCCCCCUCAACCCGAACCUGAGUUGGAGGGUCAGAAGGAAGAUCUGCGCAACGCCUUGUUCGCGGACCCCUUCCUGGUACAACUUCAGCAGUCACAGAAGGCGGUGCCAUUCGUCGACCACGAGGACGAUGUCGAGGACGACGAGGACGACGAGAAGGAGGUCGACUCAGAUGCGAUGUAUUGGCAAGGAAACAGCGACACCGUCCCCGCUUCGAGCCGUUUGACUCGAUCCCAUAGCGCGCAGCUCGCUGGCGAAGAAGAUGUCAACAUGGACGCCGCACAGACAGGCGUGACCGAGGACGAGGAUGACGGACUGUUCGACGAGGACGCCGACGAGGACGCCGACUGGCAGGUCGCGUCGCGCGUCGCUGACAACGCGGGCGCAGGCGACGAUAGCGAUGUAGACCUCGUCGAGGACCCUGUUGCGGUCGACCGUGCGGAGGCCGACGCCAAAGGCAAGAACAAUGCCUACGGGUUCAGCCUUCUGUCUGACUACCAGGAGGGCGAUGCGAUCCCUCGCACUCCCCUCAUCCGUCUCCUCUGCGCUGCGACCUCCUUCAUGAACGGUAAGGUCGACAUCGACAGCAUCGACAUCCACAACCCCCCUGCCAAGUACGUCAACUCAACUUGGAAGGCCGUCGACACGAUGGAGGAUGCGGAGUUGAUCGAGGGUCUCGACGACGACGAGAUCGCCGAACUCGGUCCGACAGAAUGCGCUCUCGCCAUGCUCACGUACCGCCCUCUGGAGGACACCGUCGAAGCGGUAGCCAGUCUACCCCCCGUUGGCCUUCCUGAGCAACAUCAUCAGCGAUACCGGGAACUUUUGGCGAAGAAACUCUCUGCCUUACCGCUCAAGCCUGGCGAGGCCCAGUUGAUCGCGGGUGGCCUCCUUUAUCGAAUGCUCGUCAAGGUCGAAGCUGGACUCGCCACAUCUCUGCCUCGGUCGUCGCCAUCGCGUCGCGUGUCCGCGGUCGAUUCGCCUCCGCGCCCUCCCUCCCCCGUCGUCGGCAAGAGUUCAAAGUCGACCGUUCCGCCAAAGUCUAGGAUUGCGCCCGACUACCCGGCGCAGUGUAUUUCACGCACGCAGCGCGUUGGGAUUACUUCGUGUGCAGUCUACUUGCAGCAGCACUUCCCGAAGAUCCGCGACGACACCCCUCUCGUCGGCCACGGUAUCAACACCGACCUCAUCUGGGACAAGCUGUCAGAAAUGCCCGAUGAGAAGCUGAUACACCUGAUCUCCGAUGCCGCGAUCAAGCCCGUCAAAGCCGUCCACUACGCGCUUGCGGUGGUUUCUUUCAAGUCCCUCGGCAACGUCAAGAACAAAGUCCUGGGGAUGACUCCUGUUGGACUCGCCGACGGGCUGUCCGACGCGUUCGAGGCGGAGCUUCUGAAGCGGUUCAGUGCCGCUGGCAUUAACGACGAAGUCUACACGGAAGGUGGUCCGCAGCUCAUUGCGGCGGAGCUUCUGCGCGCCGCCAUCGAGGACCCGCUCCUUCUCACGUCGAUAUUUGUGCCGUCCACUCAGACGCAGCAGGGUACGCAGCCCGACAGCUCCCUGAUGCCAUCCUCCUCCAUUCAGGAGCCGCAAUCCACGCCGACGCCGGCCCCUCGCAACUCCAGAGACAAGACCGGCUCAUCGAAACGCAUCGUCGAGGACCCGCCGUCGAGCCCACCGCCCGCGAAGAGAGCUCGGAGCUCAUCGGUGGUCCGAUCCACGCGCGCCAGGAGCACGUCGAUGGCGAGCGCGUCCGGGUCAGCGCGCGCAGUCCCGUCCGUCGCGCGCACUUCGACCAGCAAGGGCAAAGCCCGGGCCAACGCGUCCAAAGUCCCGCCUGUUACCGACGCCAUCUCCGAGGAGGAGGAGGACGAGGCCAUGGAGGAGCAUAUGAUCCACUCCGAGGUUGAUACCCUCGAGGGUCAACUGGAGGACACCGUCCUCGGCGCGUCCGCCUUCACCAUCGGCAGUCACGCUGAGUCCCCCGCCGGAAUGGUCGUUGAAGACUGGGUCCCCGUCACCAUGGUCGCGGACGACGGCGUGGACCAGGAGACCAUUACGAACAGCAUCUCGUCUGAGAGGGUUGACGACACCGAGAUGUCACGAAGGUAUGGCGAGCUCAAGACGUUCACCCUGAAGAUGUCGACCCUCGAACAACUGUACAAGGCCAAGGACGAGGCGCGCGCGUUGGCCAUUCUCAGCCGCAAGAACCGUCUGCACAUCGACGACAAGUACAUGUUCAACGCGAUGGACCCCAACAUGAUGUUCAAGAUGAAGAAGGUCUACAUGGACCACCGCCUGCUCAUUGGGCGCGAGCUGGGCUUCGAUAUUCUGCUCCCCAACCUCAACGUCCGCGGUGCCGAGCAAGACCACAGCUGGCAGUUCACGUUCGAGUUCGACAAACGGUUCCAUCUGUUCGGCGGUGACGUGCGUAUCUUUGGAUGCGAUAUGGCUGGGCGAAUGUUACGGAUCGGCACCACGUGUUCCGACGAAGAAGUCUGGCUCGCGCUCGUCCCAAGCACCUCCUUCGACGCUCCCGUCUCUCCCCAUGAAGUCCAUCUCAGCAAGAAGCCGACGGUGAUGCGCCCCGAGCUGUCCUUGGCCAUGGUGACGUCCAUCCUCCAUGCCAUGGACCAGGCCGGUCUGUCCGAUGUGUCCCUCCCGGUCCCAUACCCGGACAACUCGUCGUCCAAGAUCUUCAAUCUGUACUGGGAUAUCAAGACUCGCCCGACUGUGAAACUGUCGGUCGGCCGGAUGCGUAUGUUCUGCGAGUCGUUCAAAAAGACGUUCAAGCCGUGGUAUACCCAUCGCGAUGCGCCAUCGGGGUACGCCUUCCCAGAGAUCGACGACUCCGUACCCGUCGUCGCCAUUCUAAGUUAUGGCAAGAAUCGUGACGUUGGAAACGGAGACAUCGAGGAUGAGCCCACCAUCGCUGCAGUAGCCCGCAUGUGGGAACGCGAGUUCGACUACUCUCACGCCUGGAAAAUGACGGUAGCGUUUGCCAGCCAUUACGCCUGCACGAUGGUCCCUCGGUGGGACAAACUCAAUCCCCAGACGAUUAUGAGAGAACAUCCGGUUCUCUACGACUCGCCGAACGAACUCACACGAGUCCUCGUCCCGGAUCUCUCGACGUACCCGGAGAAGGAGGACGACGGGGAGACCGAGCGCCGUGUCUUCACCGCGGACGGCGUCCAGGUUCCACGACGAAAGCCCCGCGGCCUCCGAGCCUGCGAUCGCGGGGCCAUGUUGCAAAACCUGUCUUGCCUUCAUACCCUCUUCGCGGGGCCCGCUGGCGUCGUCGAUGACAGCGACAUGGACGAAGAGUUCGAGAUCGACGAGGAGCAGAUAUCUCGUGCUCGCACACGGUCCCAUGACGUGUCUUACACGUCUUAUCCCCACAUGUUCUCCAAGAACAUUGGGCAGUGGCAGGCAAACGGUAUCAUCCGCCCAAUGGUACCACACAUCCAGAGACUUUCCAAAACGCUCACUCAGCCUGGCUCUGGCGGGAAUGCGCUCACAGGAAUGAAUAGCCAGUGCUAUAAUAGCAUGUCCCAUCGUAUGCGCGUCAGCAAACGACACCACCUCGCACAGAGAGGCGUGCUUACGGGAGCGGCCGCCGGUCCUUGGGCGACGACACCGACCGCGGAGAAUACGGCGUGGACCCUCUUCGGACAGGCGGAUAUCGGCCUUCCGCACGAGAGGAUGGCGAACCAACUGGCGACAGGUCCCAAGACGUUUCUCCGAUUGGAGAACAACUUCCUCAUCGAUUUCACGCAUCUCAAGGACAGAUACCGCUCUGGCAGCGCCCUCUACACCCAGUUCGUCGUGCCCUAUGAGCGGAUCUGCCUACGCGCCGACGUUAUCGACCCUCUGCGCGCCGCUUGCGUAGUCUUUCGUGACGAGUCCUUUUUGAACAUGUACGUCUGGUCUGGAUUCCCCGUCACCGCCGCUAUGGACCGGAUGUGGAAGGUUCAUCUCGCCCCGCAUCUCCGGUGCAACGCACAGGCCAUCCGCGUCGGUGUCUUCUCCGCCGCUUCGGCCUCGUCUCAGGCCACGGCGGUCGCCGGCACCUCACGGUCCAACCCGUCACGUCCCGAUCGCGUUGCGUCGCUCAGUCGUCAACCCAGCCCGAUCUACGUCGAAGGCAUCAGCGUUCUGGAACGCUUGCACAAUUACCUCUACACCGGCGCCGCGAAGGUCCUCCCCUCCGCUCUCAUGCGUAAGCUGUGGAUACUGCGCGGCAUCCUGGACACCGGAUAUCCGGUCAUUUCGCCCGUGCUCUCUCUGGGUGGACCACGCAAGCUGACCCCCAUGCUCGAUAUCUCGAAAUGGCCGGUCGAUCCCGUCACCUACCGGCCCCUGACCUCUUCCAAGCGCGCCCAGGAGAUCUCGUAUGGGCUGCCCCAUUAUCUGGCGUACGAAACGCUCAUGCACAUGCACACCGCCAUCGCGAAUAUGGAACCUGACCGCUGGCCCGACGCUACCGCGCUUGGGCGUCAGCUCCGCGUUCUCGCCAACAUCGCCGUCGACGCGUUCAUCGCGGACGUGCGUGACAUCGUGCGCACGCAGAUCCGCGCGGAGAUCUUGCCGAUCCUGGAGGACAAGGACGCUGAAGGCUACUCCGCUGCGAAGACUCGCCGGACGGCGCUCAUCAAGUGGCUCGAGAUCGAACACCCUCUCGACUGGGGUCAGGAUGCGGCGACGCACGUCAUCCUCGUUCAGGCCGUCGCAAGAGACUCCAUUGAAGCCGCUCGUGGCCUUCCCCCGUCGAACCGCGGGCAACAGAGCGUGGAGGAUCUCGUGAAGCAUUUUUUGCACGUCGGCAAGACCACCGGGCUCGCCGCGCUCCGCCCCCCCAUCUGGAACAAGGGGCAGUGUUGGCCGGUCUUGCGUGCCGCCGUCGCGCAGGCGCAAUCUCGCGCGCUGAAGGCGAUGGAGCCUGCGGCCGCCGAUGAGGCUAUCAAGGACGCGUUCAUCACCAUCGUCGAGGAGCGUCGCAUUCACUUCUACCCGGACUCCCUCCCUCCGUCCGGAAACAGCAACCGCCGUUCUCUCCAGCCCUCCUUUCGGUCGUGGUCGCUCGUCGGACCGCGAGCGCGCCUGGCUGUGGUUCCCGGACGGUCCGCGCCGAUGACUCAGACGGAGCGCUUCCAAUUCGAGAUGUCACAGAACUCGCUCGGGCAGAAGCUGAGCGACCGGAGCAGCGAUUGGGACACGAGGGAGGUCAUCAUCGCAGACUACCACGAACACCUCGAUCGCACGGUGCUGCCGGACAGCUGGAACAUCACACCGGAAAUGCUCAAGAAAGACACCGACCAGUUCACCGUCGCCUGCUACGAAUGGGCGAAGUCUCAGUUUGUUCACAAACGGUCAGACUGGAAGUGCGACCUCGCCCUCAUCCUGGCGUUCUUGAUCUCAAAGGUCAUACCCGCCGUCGCGUGGAAAACCCCGUGCAAGGAAAUCAUCCCCCUGCUAUCAAAGCUGGGUAUCGACGGCCCUAAGUCUGCCGUCCCGCCCUCAUCCAGACGCGCGGCGAUCAACGUCAUCCGCACGCUCAGCUGGACGGUCCGCGACGUCAACGGAGUGCACCAGGAGGAAAUCUACUUCACGCAGGCGUCGAUUGUCUUUCUGUGCUGGAUCAGCGAAGACUCCCCGCUGCGCAAGUGCUUGAAGAAAGUGGGCAACAGCGGGCUGGGUGCUCCCUGGAGCACUAAGCAUCAACCCAAGUCACUUACGCCGAUCAACCUCAUCCGCAUGGGCCUCGCAUACCCUAUCGGCAAGGCCGUCACCACUCGUCCGGUCUUCAACACAAACUUCAAAAUUCUCGACGACGACGAGCUCAUGGUCUGGCACAAGGAGGUAAUAUCCAUGCUUAAGCAGCAGGGUCCUCGAGGCCCCUUCGCGCUCGUCACCAAAAUCUUCGGUGGAGAAGUUGCGGCUAGACUGGCCGGCAGCGGUCAUUUCCCGGACCAACCCGCCUCCUCUCAACGCAGCGUCUCCAGCAGCAGUUCGUCGACUGCGGUUUCGUCUUCAAGUCGCACUUCGUCCAAGCGCUCUCUGGCCGAUUUCGCCGCAGACGACGAUGCAUGGCUCGUCGACAACGAAGAAGCUGGUGAAUUCUGUAUCCCCUCUAGACGUCGACGUGUAGUGUAG